AUGAAGUUUAGUGUUUUGACACGCAGCAACUUUAACAUGCUUAGAAGUUCUAAUAACGGAUUGUUGGGAUUGUAUGUCACUUGUGGUGCAUUACUUGAAAGGAAUUUCUUUAAUGCUUUAAGUAAAAAAGAAACAUUUUUGCCACCUUUUUUAUAUAUUCUUCCACAUGCUUUUCAAAGCAAAUUCAUUCAUUCAUCUGAAGAGAUUUUUUAG